CCAGAAGGUGUCCAGCCUGCUUCUCCUGAUCCCUCCGAACUUGGACCGCGGCUCCCUGCCGAAUUUAACCCGGCUUGAUAUGUUUUGGAUUGUCGCUCCUGUUCUGUUUUGUGCGCAUGAGCCAAUGCUUUAAAGACGCCAUGAUUCACGGCGAGAGGGAUCAUCUUGCUCCCCCAGCAGACAACAGUGACACCGAAAGGCAUCCGGCUGAAAGGUGACCUCCAGACACUUCACCUCCCCAAAAUGUUUGAAUAUGCCAGGACAUAACAAUGACCUCCAACAGCACAGACUCUUCUGGUCUCUUCCUGAUUUCCAAUACCUUCCCAGCAGCAGGAGCAGCAAUAGGAUUGUCCUCACAAUCCAAUUCUCUCCACCAAGCAGGGACAGGACCCUGGUUGGUUUUUCACGUGACUACCCCAGGUGCCAAUUCCUCUUCUGUGAAUUCCCUUUUCAACUCCACCCAAUCACCAGAUGGGAACGGGGCAUCAGCCCCGGAUCCCUUGGGUGGGCACACCGUGUGGCAGGUGGUCCUCAUUGUCCUGCUGACAGGAACGCUCUCGCUGGUCACCAUCAUCGGGAACAUCCUGGUGGUGGUGUCCUUCAAGGUCAAUCGGCAGCUAAAGACGGUCAACAACUACUUCCUGCUGAGUCUGGCGGUGGCCGACCUCAUUAUUGGGGUCAUCUCCAUGAACCUUUACACAGCCUAUCUCGUAAUGGAUUACUGGGCCUUAGGGAACUGGGCCUGCGACCUGUGGCUGGCUAUUGACUAUGUCGCCAGCAACGCUUCAGUUAUGAACCUACUGGUCAUCAGCUUUGACCGCUACUUUUCAGUUACCAGGCCUCUGACUUACCGGGCCAAACGGACAACAAAGCGAGCCGGGAUCAUGAUCGGCCUGGCCUGGUUUGUUUCUCUGGUUCUAUGGGCCCCGGCCAUCCUUCUGUGGCAGUACUUUGAGGGUCAAAGGACAGUGCCUCCAAAUAAGUGCUACAUUCAGUUCCUCCAGCAGCCCACUAUAACCUUCUGCACAGCCAUGGCAGCUUUCUACCUACCAGUAACCAUCAUGAGUGUUCUCUACUGGCGGAUUUACAAGGAGACUGAGAACCGCUCAAAAGAGUUAGCGGGACUGCAGGGUUCAGGGGCUCGUGGCGGCGGUGGGAUAGCGGCAAGAAACGGCAAUGGUGGGGUUGAUAGAGCCCGUUUUGUGCGUCAAACUGGGAGUUCCAGAAGUUGCAACAGCUACGAGCUGACGAGGUUGUCCCAAAGAAAGAGCGUGUGUCGGGAGCUGGUCAGUCGCCUGCACUGCUGGCCAGGUGUACGAUCCUGGAGGCCCGGUAGUAUCCGGCAAGGAGAAAAGGAUCCGGACCAAAGCAGCAGUGAUAGCUGGAACAAUAAUGAUAAUGCGGUUUCGCUGGACCAGUCGGGCUCAUCAGAUGAUGAAGACUGCGGGGGAAGAGACAGCCACACUAUUUUCUCUAUCGUUCUCAGUCUGCCUGGUUUAAAGGCAGCUGUCAACUCUCAACUCACUUCCUGUGAGGACCUGGAUGAAGCCUCAGAACAGGACCCACUGAGGGGAGCGGAAUAUAACAGGGAAGGCCUCGCCAUGGUCGCAACCAACACCAGCGCGGCUACCAGUCCCGAUGGGGCAAAUAAUACGGAAAACAGCUAUCACCAACGCUUAUGUUCCGGUAAAAUCCAGUCCAUGUCGACCAUCAGGUCUUUCUCCAACUCUGGGUCUCUGGAUGAUACGACGGCCGCGGCCCCUGACUCUACCACCACCAGCACAGCCACCAAAUCCUCCACUGUCCCGAUGUCCUUCAAAGAGGCAGCUCUCGCCAAGCGUUUUGCGGCCCGAGCUCGGACUCAGAUCAGCAAGAGAAAGCGCAUGUCUUUAGUGAAAGAGAAGAAGGCCGCUCAGACUCUCAGCGCCAUUCUCUUUGCAUUCAUCAUCACAUGGACGCCAUACAACAUUAUGGUCCUGAUCAAUGCCUUCUGCAAAGCCUCCAUUCCGAACACCCUGUGGGCCGUGGGCUACUGGCUAUGCUACGUCAACAGCACCGUCAACCCCAUGUGCUACGCCCUGUGCAACAAGACAUUCCGUACAACCUUUAAGAUGAUACUGCUGUGUCGCUGGGACCAGAAAAAACGGAGGAAGCUGCAGUUCCAGCAAAGGCAGUCAGUGGUCUUCCACAGGAGGAUUCCCAGAGAGUCCACGUAAAGGACAAGAGAGUGGGUUGAUGAUGUAAUGAAAAAUAAAAACAUCCACAGUCUUCUUUCGGGAGUUAGUCUGAGGCACCAUAGCAAACAUUUGCGGUGGUUUCGAUGUAUGUCCCUGUGCCCAUGUGCAUGCAAGAAGGGCUGUGCAAGGUGGGAUCCAGAGACGCAAGACUAUUUUGUCUUGAAGAACUCUACCAUUUCAUGCAGGUUUAUAAUGAGAACCGAGCGGGAUUUGCUAGAAAAAAGAGCUUUAAACAGAACACAAUGUUUUGUUUUGGAGUGGAGUAUUUAAGUGCAAUUGAAGGGUAAAAGGACAGCUUUGUCACACGGUUAGGGCUUGACAGUUCUUAUCGUUUUCUCUUUGUCGGUAGCUAGAUUUGUAACGUACAAACUCGAGUGCUUUCGCCUUUGUAAACAAACCAAACUUUGCAUCUGUAAUUUAUCACCAAAAGCCAAGACUCUCUGUACAAUACUCUGUGUUGUGUUCACUGGGCCUUUUU